CUCAACUAUAUCUUAUAACUUCCAACUCAUUUCUACUCCACAAUACACAAAAUCAGAGCUUUAAUACAAUCUUAAAUUUUAUUUUUUUCCUGCUUGCCAUAUAUUCUCAUCUCCAAAAUUUGAGUAUAUUAUUUAGAAACAAUUCAGAAAUAAUGGAUAUGCUUCAAGUCUUUCACAUGAACAAAGGUCAAGGGGAAGCUAGUUAUGCACAGAAUUGUACUGUUCAGAAAAAAAUAAUGUCCCUAGCACAAUCAUUUGUAGAAGAAGCCAUAGAAGACUACCUAAGCAAGAACGGUUGUCCAGAAACCAUGGCAAUAGCUGAUUUUGGUUGCUCAUCAGGACCUACUGCUUUAGAUGCUGUGUCUGAAAUCAUUGGUGUGGUCAAUGCCACCUAUUCCAAGACCAGCCGCCGCCAUUCACCCAAUUUCAUGGUGUUCUUAAAUGACUUACCAGGGAAUGACUUUAAUGGAGUGUUUGCAUCACUCUCUGAUUUUCAGGACAAGCUCAAAAAACAAAAGGAUGAUUAUGAUUUAGGAGGUUGUUUUAUAGCAGGUCUUCCUGGAAGUUUCUAUGGAAAAUUGCUUCCUCCUAAAAGCUUGCACUUUGUUCACUCUUCUUCUAGCUUGCAUUGGCUCUCUCAGGUUCCAGAAGAGUUAAAUAGCCAAGAAAAUCCAAGGUUGGUAAACAAAGGAAAGGUUUAUAUAUCAAUGACAAGCACAUUUGAAGUGGUAAAUGCAUAUAGGCAGCAAUACUUAAAGGAUUUCUUGGCAUUCCUUAAAUCACGUGCCGAAGAAAUGAUUUCAGGGGGUCGAAUGGUUUUAACUUUAGUAGGCAGGAAAUCAAGGGAUCCUACUUCUGAAGAAGAUGCCUUUCCUUGGGAGUUCAUUGCUCAGACUCUUGCACGUAUGGUUUCCGAGGGGCUAAUAGAAGAAGAGAAAUUGGACUCAUUUAAUGUACCAUAUUAUGCACCGUGUCUUGAUGAAAUAAAAGAAUUAGUGGAAGAAGAAUCAUCAUUUAUUGGGUAUCGUUUUGAAGCCGUUGAAGUUGAAUGGGAUGGAGGCAUGGAUAAUAACCUUAGCAAGAAUAAUGAAUUUAGUUCAAAUAAUAUUAAUAUAAUUAUGCCGCCAACAAAAGGAGAAGGAAUAGCCAAGAUGCAUAGGGCUGUUGCUGAAUCCAUGCUAGAACAUCAUUUUGGGGUUCAAUUUAUGGAUCCAUUUUUUCUUAGGUAUAGUAGGGUUUUGGAUGAUUACCUCAAUAACAACCCUAAUUCUACACACAUUUCUUUGGUCAUUUCUUUGAUCAAAAAAUAAAUCAAAGGUUAUUUUGAUUGUUCAAUUAACUACUCAUUUAAUUCGAAUAAAUUUCAAAAAAAUUUUAACUUUUUGUCUACCAAAUGGAAAAGUUAGAAACUUAAAUUCACCUCACAAAUUAAAACUUUUUUUUGUCGAAAAGUCAAAAAUUCAGAGUCGCCACGAUGAUAUUUUCUAGGCUAUUUUAAACUAACUUGUGAGUUGUUGCUUUUUUUUCCCUUCGUUUAAAGUUAUUGUUAAUAGUUGUACUUGGAUUUUGAUUGAAGAUUGUCUAAACUAUUUUUCUUGAAAAAUGAAAUAUGUAUAAUCUUUAAAAUCAUCAUCAUUAUUAUUAAAGGUCAUACUCCCUCAGUCAAAUUUGAUUUGCACUU